UUGCGCGUCGCUCAGACGUAUGUUAUUAUUUGUCCUGGCGGCGAGCUAGCUAGUUAGCGAACGUUAGCUUUACUAGCAAGCAAUAACAUUGUGGCCUAUUGGGGCAGAGUGGCUGAGGAAGCUGGAGGCGCUAGCGCCGAAGCGUAGUAACCCCGCUGACAAGUUUUGGGGAAAUGUGCAUGCGAAAGUAGCGUUUUGUGCCAUGAACGUCGUUCGACGUGAGCUGGGAUUUAUUGAUGAAUACCGCUUGUGAGAGGAUACGUCUAAUGCCAUGUGGAUGCUGUGUCAACUGAACAUUACAGCGAUAGAGACAGGGCAAUGUUUGCAGUAACUUGCUAGCAGCUAGCUAACUAGCUUCAAACAGGCCGUUGACGUCUGUCAAGUACGUGACAGGAUAGUGGAACUUCCGGUUGCCGCCUUCAAAGUAAAGCCUCCAGUGAUGCACUUUUCAGCGAUUUGAUGAGUUAAGAACUACUCUAUGUAAGAUGAACACUGAGGACAAGUUGGAGGGCAUGCUGCUGAAGUGCAGCAGCGGAGGAAUAGAUGGAGGAGGGAGAGUCGGGCUGGUCAGCGGAGGAGGACUGGUGGUGAUGACCUUAGGGGAGCGAUCGCUGGCAAACCACCCUCUGCUGGCCGAGGACGAUGACGAUGAAGACGAAGAUGAGGACUUGACGGGGAGCUCGCUGGUUACACACGACCUGGUCCCUCCGGAGCAGCUGAUGAUGCAGGAGGAGAUGACAAAGAAUGGUGGAGGCGGAGAAGAGGAGGGAGGAGGCGAGGUGGGAGUGCAUUUCCCCCUAAAACUCACCCAUAAGUUUCCCUGCUUGCUUCAUAUGCCAUUGAGCAUCAAACAGGAACUGAAGCUGGCUGAGCCACCUGUCCAGAUAAAGAAGGACAAAAAAGGAGCGAAGGACCUGAUGGUGUGUCCCAAGAAGAAAAAAAGGAAGCAGCGUUCACCAGCAAAGAUUCUCAGCAUCAGUGAUGAGGUAUCAUUGGGCAUACAAAACCCCAAGUGUCACGUCUGCAUUCACUGUAAUGCUGCAUUCAGAACCAACUACCAUCUACAGAGGCAUCUUUUCAUUCACACAGGUGAGAAGCCAUUUCAGUGCAGCCAGUGUGAUAUGCGCUUCAUUCAGAAAUAUCUUCUCCAGAGACACGAGAAAAUCCACACUGGUGAAAAACCUUUCCGCUGUGAUGAGUGUGGGAUGAGGUUCAUCCAGAAGUACCAUAUGGAGAGACACAAGAGGACUCACAGCGGAGAGAAACCGUACCAGUGUGACUACUGUCACCAGUACUUCUCCAGAACAGACCGGGUUUUAAAGCACAGACGAAUGUGUCACGAGAACAGAGAGAGAAAGACCAACAAGGCAGCUGGUAAAGUCGGACCUUUGCGUGACACGGAUUCUUUAGGCCUCCCCUUUGUCUCCAAAGAGUGUUCACUGCCCAAGAAAAAGCGCCAAAAGUGUGCAGACAAAAGUUCAUGCGCUUCCACCACUGCACAGCCAGAUGGGCACACUGUCGCUGUGGUCGAAACGGAGGAGAAGGAGGAUCAGAGACAGAAUAAAAUUGAAGGUCUACCUCUCUAUGCUGUGUCCUCCAAAGUCAAACAUGAGUAUGUGAUUGCAGACUACUCUGUGGAACUUCCUGAAGAAACGGCUAGCCAGCACCAAGAGGGAGACGUGUCAUCAGAAGACACAACUCCUCCCAAACUUGUCCUGAAGAAAAUCCCCAAGAGGAGUCUGAAACAGUCCACGGAGCAAACCCCUCCCUGCCUGUCUUCUUUGUCUUCCUUUGAGGAGAAUACCAAGGUCACACAGUACACCUUUGAAAUUGUGGACAAGCAAGGCCUUUUGGACGUAGAGAGCAACACCGAACUGGAGUCAGUAGAAACUCUUCAAGGAGGACCAGCAAAGCCAGCAGCCAGCAGCACAAACUACGACGAUGCCAUGCAGUUCCUCAAGAAGAAACGUUACCUUCAGGCUGCGAUGGCCAACAACACUCGGGACUACAGCCUGAACACAAGCAGCAUCUCCUCUCAGCCAUCUGUUACACAAACUGUGGUGUCAACCGUCAUCGACGAGACUGUGCCCGCCACCAUUCUGGAGCCACAGCCCAUCAGCGCAGAGAUUAAAGCAACCCAUGACAAGAACGUGCUGCCUGAUGAGGUCCUUCAGACGCUGUUGGACCAUUAUUCCAAUAAGGCUAACGGACAGUCAGACAUUUCCUUCAGUGUGGCGGACACAGAGGUUACGUCAAGCAUAUCCAUUAAUUCCUCAGAUGUUUCAGAUGGCAGUCCCGUGGAGAGCCUCGGAGCCUCUUCCGCCCAGGCUCAGCCAGCUACAGAGAAGGUCAGCCUCUUACAAGAGUACUCCAAGUUUCUCCAGCAAGCACUGGAGAGGACCAGCCAGAACGACAGCUACCUGACCAGCCAGAGCCUCAGCUUGGUCUCAGAAAACCCCACCUUAGCUGGACAACCUCUGUUCUCCACCGAGAAACAGUUUCCUUCCCCCAGCAGGUUCAAAUCAGGGAUGAGCUCUCCGCUACGGUCCACAUUAGAGAAACCUCACUUUGGAUUACUGGUCGGGGACUCCCAGCACUCAUUUUCAUUUUCAGGUGACGAGACCACCCCUCCCUCAGCAGUGUCCCCAGCUGAGGAGGACUUUCUGGAGCAGGUAUCUCCCUCCAAAAAGACAGACUCUUCACAAGGCAUACUGCAGACUUUUCAAAUAAGCUCCUUCGAUCAGAACUUCAAAUCUCACUUCCAGGCAUCGAGAUCUGGAUCCUCCUCACAGUUUACUGUUGCCAAUGGACAAUUAAGUCUCCGAGGACACAGCACAGACUUCUCAGAGUUCCCCUUAGUCAGAGUCACUGAGACCAGGGCUCAACUGAACUCCUCCCCUGAUGUUUCAUCCAGUGAAACCUUUGGCUGAAGGGAGGGGUGGAUGAAUUCAUUUCUGUUUAUAAUUUCAGCAGCACUUUAUCUCAUGUGUCCUGUUUUGCCAAAACAAGUCCCAUUGCAACUUUGUGCUCUUUCUUAAAGCAUUUUAUUUAAAACUAAUAUUUAGUUUUUUUGUUUUUCAAGUGCAACCUGAUCGAAUGGAAAUACUGCAAAUUGAUGAAACAAUAAUUAGCACUUCCCCUUUAAAAAAAAAAAAAAGAAUUGUAAUCAUGGAUACACAUUUCUUGCGCCAGAAUGUAUAUCAAGAGAUUAAGCAACCAAAGUGUAAUGAAAGAGAGAGAAAUAAUCUCUCAUCCCAUUGCCGUAGAGUUUAUCUUUAGGUCCUUUUGUUGAUUUGUUUCCCACCUCGUCAAAUACUGGCGCUUUGGGAUGGUUGCUAUCGUGCCCUACAAUCCCAGAGUGUCGGUAUUUGACAAGUUUUGAAUGAGACUCAAAAAUCAACUUUUCUCACAAAUAGGACCUUUUAAAUGUUCUGUCAAUCAGUUAGCCUUGCACAAAAAAGUCACUCUUGCUGCUUAAUGCAACAUUUCCGCUCAAUUAAACAAGGUCCCUUUUUAUAUAUAUAUAUAUAUAUAUAUAUAUAUAUAUAUAUAUAUAUAUAUAUGCCAUUUUGCUCUUACUGCAUCUACCUCCCCUCGCUGUUAAAUUGGUUAAAUCUGGUUAAAUUUAACAACAUUUUUGCCCAAACUGUGUGACCCCUGUUAAAUUGUCUACAGAGGUGAAACCAUGAUUAGAUCUAGAGAUGCACCGAUUUACCUGCCAGGGACCAGAUUUCCGCGUGAUCUGCCGCGACCAGCAACUGGCCGAUCAGUGUCAGAUAUAUCCGACUCUGUGCCAGUCACAAUCAUGGACAUGCCGCCAGCCUGUACUGAAAGAAAGAAAGAAACUAAAUAUCUUGUGUUAUUCACCAAAAAAAAAAAAAAAAAAAUCUCAUCUGUUUCAGUGCAAGAGUAGAGUCCACGCAGACAUGGAGCGAAGCAGAGACAGGGACGUUACUGGAGUUUUCUGUUCCGCCUGUUUUCUUUUGGGAUUAUAAAACAUUCUGGUCUAGGGUUAUGAAUUGCGCAUUUACUUUGAGCAUAAGUAAACAGGAACAGUGAACUUUUUAUGCCGCUCACAUCAGCAAGACCUCCUUUCACCAUUCACAAAAAGAGUCCAGGGUAUACCAGUAUACUCUGUGUAAAUGCUUAGACCAGGGAGCUAAAAUUUCAGUAACAGGCCAUUUAAAUGUUUUUAUUUUCAUGUGUUAUUUAUCAGUCAGUGCUCAUUAUGAACGUGAAAUUGAAUUUUCCAUUUAUAAAAAUCAGCAGGUCAGACAGAUCAGAAGAAAUCAGAACGCGUAAUCAGCUAAGAAAAUUGUAAUCGGUGCAUCUCUAAUGAAAUUGUAACUGAUUCUUCACUUGAUGUUGAAGUCACUUUACUAUCACCUGAAAUAGGCAUUUCCACACGAUGUGUGUAAUGAAUGCCACAGGAAAAAUUUAACUGAUUGUAUUUGUCUGAUAUGGAAUCUAGUUUACAUUCCAUUGGGCCUAAUUUGAUUGGUGUGAUGUCCAAAAACGAAGAAAUUAUAGCUCCGUCAUGAAUCGUUAAACAUUAAUGUAUUCCUUUUAAACUUCUCGUCACUGAUAUUUCUAAACGUGUUAUGACUUCACAGUUUUAACACUCGCCAAAAAAAAGAUUUGGGUAUCAAAUAGCUGCACACAUAAUAUGGUUGCAGGAUAAAUGUUUUCCUUCAGAAGUUUAAGGAAGUUGUAGUGAAGUUACUUAAGAAGAUUGUGCGUGACUUUUGCACAAUUUGCACAUUGUUCACUACAGGGAAUGUAGUAUGCAGUUUCACAGUGGAGGAAAUGGAACACCUUUACUUAAUAGGCGACUUUUGUUAAAAGGAGAUUUCUGAGACUGACCUGUCAGUACAAACCCUUGUUGGGUUGCGCUUUCGUCACUCAUAACGUAGCUCUUGCAGCUGCACUUUUAUGGUCCUUUGUUGUUCUUGUUGGAAGAUGCACAGGUUUUGGAGAAACAACAAUGUGAUUAGACCCCCUUGUAUUUAGGCUUCAUGUAGAAAGAGAGUACACGUGGAAAUGAGGUGCUUGGUUUUUCCAGUUUUAUUAAUUUUGCAUCCGUGCCUUUCUUUCUUUCUUUCUUUUUUUUUCUUUCUGUUUUUUCUAUUCCAGCCUUACUCAUUCCUGUUUCUUUGUUUCUUUCAAGGCUACUAAUUCCACUUGCACAGUAACAAAAACCACAUAAGCUAUCAACCUAUACAGUCUGUAAUGCGUCGAGAUCUGGGAGCUUUAUUUUUAUUUCGCACAUCAUAUUUAGAGUCGAAGAAAGAAAUAGCUGUACAUUUCGUUCUCAAACUGUUAUCUGUAGCUGGAAGGAUGUGGCGUCUUCGUGUGUAUAUGAGCAGACCAUGUUUCAGACAUUUGUAGUUUUUGAUGAUUAUCACCAGUUCGCUAGAAUGCAGUCGCAAGCCACAUCUGAGGUCUCUUCUGUGCUUCAUCAUACUGUUGAUUGUUUUCAGUAAGUUCAUUAUGUGUGAUGUCGUAGGUGCUAUUGCAUAAAACAUUUUUUUGUUGAUUUUUUUUGUUUGGGUUUUUGUUCUUUUUGGCGCCAUUUAAUGAGGUUUAGAAAGUUGAUGCUAAGCUCCCUCUUGUUACGACACAACUGACAAUCAGGGACAGGCGACACCCACGUUAAUCAUCAAACACUUUAUUUUUCCUCGUCGAUCAUUCCCACUAGAGUUUAUCGGAGAUAUUCUGCUGUAAAUACAUUGUAUAUUUUUAUGUUCUGAGAAGUACUGUUAGAUUUUUCUGUGUCAAUAGAGUGACUUGUGCAAGAGACACUUUUUGUCAGUGGAAGGCACAUUAUUUAGUUUUCCAGCAUUUAUUACAUUCAACAAUUAAUUCAUUUCACUCGCUGACAGGAUGCGGCUGUCUGAGGUGUGUGUGUGUGUAUAUAAAUAUAUUUCACCACUGUUAUCAGAAGAAAAUCAACACAUUUUCAAUUGUAUUGAUGAUUGGUUCAAGUGAUUUCUUUUGUAGGUUAAUGCAUUUUGAUUGUGCAUUAUGAUGGGAUUUACUGUAUUCAAGUGUUGGUAAUGAAAAGCCCCCAAGACCAGGAAAUGUACAUUUGGAUUUGAAGUAAUACUCCACCAGAAAUCAGUGGCAAAUAUUUAAAGGAUAAGUUCACCUAAAAAUUAAAUCUGCUCACCCUCGCGCUGAUGGAAGAUCGAGCAUCACAGCAAAACACGAAUGCAGCUUUCUCCUAAACAACUGAAGUAGGUGAAGACUCGUUUUAAACUGUUAGAAAAAACAACCCACAAAAUGGAUGCACACAGCUCUUCAGGUGUAAUCCAAGUCUUCAGAAGCCAUGAGAUCCCAAAUUGAUUUGGAAGAAGACGUUAAUUACACCCUUGACAAACCUGUAGAUCCACUUCAGAUGGGUGUGCACCAACGCUUCAGCCACACUGGAGGUUUUCGGUGUAAAUAACAUCUUUUAAAACCAGCUUGAGAUCUCAGGACUUCCCGAUCCUUGGAUUACGCCGGACAAACUGCAUGGAGCCGUUUCAUGUUUCUCUGCCGUUUUUUUUUUUUUUUUUUUUUUUAAAUCAUUUUGAUACAAGUUCCCAUCUACUUUAAGUUGUUUAGGAAAAUGCUGCAACACUGUUUUGCUGUGAAGCUCAUGAAAUGAUUUGUGGAUUUAAUCAUGAACUUGGCUGAAUAUGUAUUUUAAGGUGAACUUAGAUUGUGGUCAGCUUCAAUUCAUGUCAGUUAAACUAGAUUUUGGGUGGAGUAUAACUUGUUGGAAAUAUUCCACUAGCUGCCCAUUUCAGUGUAAGCGAUAAUUGAAAGCACAGUGCAUACGAGUAAUUCUACUCUGGAAAGUCGAAACGAACAGCACCAUGGUAUUUUUCCUUUAAAUAAUCUAUUGUCAGUAACCUGGCCAUAAGUGUCCUUGUAUAAGCUAGAGAAAAAAAAACUAUUUGUUUUGUGUGAAAAGAUCUGAAUUAUUAAUUUUUUGAUAAAAACUAUUUUUGAAACAUGUCAUUUAUGGCACUGAUAUGUACAGUAUAUCAUAUGCAGUCACUAUUGCUACCCUCAUUUAUCUCUGUACAAGUCGUUUGUGUCAAGAUCUUUCAAAUGCAGACGGGAAUCUCCCUCUCGAGUCCGAACUUUUGACUUUUUUCAUACUUUUAAAGAACUUGACGAGGAGGCCCUACUUCUGCUUCACUGUAAGGUUGAUCUCGAGGUAGACAGUGAGGUUCAUUUGCAUGGUCUCUAACUUGUUGGGUCGAGUGUUUUAUGAAUAAUGUGCAGCUUUAAUUGUAGCUGAUUAAUUUCAGUCAAGUAACCCAUAUGAUUAGAUUUUUUGCAAUAUAUUAUGAUUUGUAAACAAUCUGAUUCAAUUGUUGUUUUGAUUGUUGUGUGUCAUGUCCUUAUAAAUAAAAUGAUUCACAGUA